CUUUCUUCCCUCGUCAAAAUCAUCAUGGGCAACGGUGCAAAGGCGGCUCAGAAGCGCGAGCGCAACGCUGACAAGGGCCCGAAGGCAGGCAAGAGCCAGCUUAAGGUCAACGAGGCUGCCAAGUCCAUUAUCUGCACCCUCUGCAGACAGCCCUUUAUGAACACCACGAGAGCGCCAGCUCUCGAGGACCAUGCGUCGAACAAGCACAGCAAGACCUUGAAGGAUUGCUUCCCUACUUUCCAAGCUUGAUUCUCUGCGGCGUUUUGGGACCAUAUCUCUCUCUGAACGGGCAUUGGGUGAUAUGUUCGAAUUGGGUAGUUGGGGGUUGCUAUUAUGUGUGUGUGUGUCAUUAUUACGCCUUGCAAUAGGAUUCGUACGUUUCGUUCA